AUGGCUCUGGCGAUGCUUCGGGAUUGGUGCAGGAGGAUGGGUGCGAACACAGAGCGCUCCCUGCUCAUCCUGGAUAUCCCUGACGACUGUGAGGAACAUGAGUUCCAGGAGGCCGUGCAGGCUGCCCUGUCGCCCCUGGGCAGGUACCGAGUGCUCAUCAAGGUAUUCAGAAAGGAGCUCGGGGCCAAGGCAGCCUUGGUGGAGUUCGCUGAGGGUUUAAACCAAAGCUUGAUUCCCUGCCAAAUAGCAGGCAAAGGGGGACCCUGGAAAGUGAUCUCCCUGCCCCAGGCUCCUGAUGCUGAGUUUCAGGAUAUACCCAGUUUCCCUGCACAGCCCCAGGGGCAAGCAGUGGCCAGAGGCACAGGUGAGGCAGGAGCUGCAGGUGAGGCAGGAUCUGUCAGUGAGGCAGGAGGUGUGAAUGAGGAAAGAUCUGCAGGUGAGGCAGGAGGUGCAGGUAAGGCAGGAGGUGAAGAUGAGGCAGGAGCUGUAGGUGAGGCAGGAGGUGCAGGUGAGGAAGGAGGUGCAGGUGAGGCAGAAGGUGCAGGUGAGGAAGGAGGUGCAGGUGAGGAAGGAGGUGCAGGUGAGGAAGGAGGUGAAGAUGAGGCAGGAGCUGUAGGUGAGGCAGUAGGUGCAGGUGAGGUAGAGGCCUGGACCCAAUCAUGGAGCCAGACCCUGCGGCCUCUGGUGAAAACUAUGGCCUACCGGGAACUGAGACCCUUUUCCGGGAGGGAGCAGCCAGGCUGCGUGGAAGAAUCCUUUGAGAGCUGGUUGGAGGACGCCAAGGAUAUGCUGCAGCUGUGGUGCCACGCGUCGGAAAGGGAGAGAAGGAGGCGGCUGCUGGACAGCUUGGAUGGCCUGGCCCUGGAUAUCGUGAGCGGCCUCCUGGAGGAAGAGCCCGACUUCUCUGUGCAGGACUGCCUGACGGCGCUGGGGCAGGUGUUUAGGAGCCGGGAUACGUGGAUGACCUCGCGGAUGAAGUUCCUGACCUGCACACAGGGGCCCCAGGAGGGGCUGUUUGCCUUCGUGGUGCGCCUGGAAGGCCUGCUGCAGAAGGCCGUGGAGAAGGGGGCCGUCCACCCAGCCAUGGCCAACUACCUGCGACUGCGGCAGGUGCUGUCUCGGGCCCACCCCAGUGAGGCGCUUCAGGAUACCCUGAGGGGGAUGCAGCUGGAGAGGAGGCCACCCGGCUUCCUGAGGCUGCUGCGGCUCAUCCGGGACACGGAGGCGUUGGCGGCCUCCCCAGCGAGGAGCCAGCAGUGUGCGGCCUGGCCAGCAGCCCCAGUGGAGAGUGAAGACCCAGCUGCCAUCCAGGCGGCCCCUGCCGGUGGAGAUGCCGCCCAGGCCUCCCCAACCCAGGGGAACACCAGCGAGGCUGAUCCCAGAGCGGAAGAUGCUGCUGAGGCUGCUUCUGCCAUCAAAGAGGCUGCCAGGGGCGCCCCUGCCGCUGGGGAAGGUGAAAAUGCCCCUGCAUGCCUUGAAGGCCUAGGUCAGGCAAGGCCCCCCGACGCCCCUGGGGGCCUCCAAGCCCGGAUGGGCAGUGGAGUCGACAUGGCCCCAGGAGGUCCCAGCUGGGAGCCAGAGGGCCUUGUCCAGGUCGGAGGCCAGGAGGCUGAGGAGCCUCCCCAGGAGGGGCUCAAGCCCAUCUUGGAGGAGUCAGAAAACGAGGAUGAGGACGGGACUGGGGAGGUGGGCAAGCCCAAGUCCCCCCCGGGCAAAUAG